ACAUGAUAUGAUCACAUGACAGAAACAGGAAGCGAGUGCACUUUCGGUUCGAUGCUGUCCAGCUGGGGGUGCAGUGCAGUGGCCGGGCUCUUGGGGGCACUGUCAGCAUGUUUGGCCAAACUUGCCCUAGGGGCAGAUUAUCUGCGGGAUAUAUGUGAAUCUGCAGCAGGGGGGGCAGGAGGAAUCUGUGACUGGGUCCACCUGCUACUUCGUGUUAGCUGCAUCUUUCUAGUAUUUGCUUGCAAUGGCAUGAUGUGGACAUUCUUUGCCAAAGGAUUGAGACUCUCUUCCUCUUCAGCUACUGCAACUGUAACAACAACUGCCUCAAACUUUGUGACUUCUGCUUUUCUGGGAAAGGUGCUGUUUGGAGAAUCUCGUGCACUGCUCUGGUGGGUGGGAAUUUCAAUCACACUCUGCGGACUCCUGUUGCUUCAUAAGGAAUCCCCUCCCUUGGAAGGAACAAGAGAAUCUAAAAAGGAGAACUAAUGAACUCUGACAAGGAAAACAUGCAAGCAUGUGAAUAUAUUUAAUAAAAAGAUGUUAAAUAAACUUUUAUACUGAAUAA